AUGAUAGCCGCCCAGGCCAAGCUGGUGUACCACCUCAACAAAUACUACCAGGAGAAAUGCCAAUCUCGGAAGGCGGCCAUCUCCAAGACCAUCCGGGAGGUGUGCAAGGUGGUGUCGGACGUCUUGAAGGAGGUGGAGGUGCAGGAGCCCCGCUUCAUCAGCUCUCUCAAUGAGAUGGACAACCGCUUCGAGGGGCUAGAGGUCAUCUCCCCCACGGAGUUCGAGGUGGUGCUCUACCUCAACCAGAUGGGGGUGUUUAACUUCGUGGAUGAUGGGUCUCUGCCGGGCUGCGCCGUGCUCAAGCUGAGCGACGGCCGCAAGAGGAGCAUGUCUCUCUGGGUAGAAUUCAUCACCGCCUCCGGCUACCUCUCUGCGCGCAAGAUCCGCUCCAGAUUUCAGACCCUAGUGGCGCAGGCCGUGGAUAAAUGCAGCUAUAGAGAUGUUGUCAAAAUGGUGUCUGACACCAGCGAGGUGAAGUUACGCAUCAGAGACAGAUACAUCGUUCAGAUCACCCCGGCUUUCAAAUGUACCGGGAUCUGGCCCCGCAGCGCAGCGCACUGGCCCCUACCGCACAUCCCCUGGCCAGGGCCCAACAGGGUAGCCGAGGUAAAGGCCGAGGGAUUCAACCUUCUCUCUAAAGAGUGCUACUCGUUGAACGGAAAACAAAGUUCGGCAGAGAGCGACGCCUGGGUCCUGCAGUUCGGCGAGGCCGAGAACCGCCUACUCCUGGGAGGCUGCAGGAAGAAAUGUCUGUCGGUCCUUAAGACGUUACGGGACCGGCACCUUGAGCUGCCUGGGACACCCCUCAACAACUACCACAUGAAGACUCUGGUUUCUUAUGAGUGUGAAAAACAUCCACGGGAGUCUGACUGGGACGAGAACAACCUCGGGGACCGUUUGAACGGGAUUCUAUUGCAGCUUAUUUCGUGUUUGCAGUGCAGGAGGUGUCCCCAUUACUUCCUGCCUAAUCUAGACCUGUUCCAGGGGAAACCUCAUUCUGCUCUAGAAAAUGCAGCCAAACAGACCUGGCGACUGGCGAGAGAGAUUCUGACCAACCCCAAAAGCUUGGAGAAACUCUGA